AUUUUAUAAAUUAUAAUAUAUAAUUAAAAGAAAAUAAAAUAGAAAACAAUACCAUCGAGAUACAUAACUAAUACAAAGUGGAAAAAAUAUAAUAAUAGUAUUGUUUAAGUAAAAUUUUACUAUUACUUUGUAUGUUGUUAUGUAACUUUCUUAAUAUAAUAAAUAUUUUUUUUUAUAAGUUAAAGUUUGGUUAAAUUGUAGAAUUUAAAAAUAAAUGAGUAUAGUCUAAAAUAUUAUAAAAUAAAAGGUGUUAUUUGCAAUAAAUAAAAAGUUGAAAAAUGAAUAUAAUAAAAAUUAAGGGAGAAAAUGAGGGAAAUCAUUGGAGCAAAUCACAAUCUUAAUUUGAGUUUACAUCAUUUUGAGGGAAAAAAUAAGGGAAACCAUUGGAGAUGGUCUAAAAGCCUUGGGAGAGUCAACAACGAUUGCUACCAAAUGGAUCAUCAAAAGUGUGAAAGAGAAACUCACACUUUCCCUUUUACAUGUUUCUCACGAGAAAUAGAGUAGAGCGGGGACCACUUACCAAGAAAAAAACUCAGGCGGAUCAGAGAUAUUCCAUGAGAAAGUUGCGCGACAAAGAGAGAGAGACUGGUGGCGCGAAAUCAAAAAGCAGAGGGCGAAGGAAGAAGAAGAAGAUUGUUAUUUAGUGUGUAGAUUCGGACAGAAGCAAAGAACUUUAAAACCACCACUCAAGUCCAAACGGAUUCUGUGUCUGAUGAGAGUACAUAUUAAUAAAUACAAUUUCAGUAAGUUUAAUGUUAAUUUAGGCAUGGAUUUUAUAUAUAUUGUAGUCACCAACCUAUUGUUACACAGUAAUAAUUCCAUUGACUCCAUAAUUAUUUGGGUUCAGUAAUUCGAUGUCUUUCAUUAUUGCGCGGGUAAACCCGUUAAAAAUAAACUACGUUGAACAAAUGCAUUAAAGAGAAAAUUACCUAAUAUAUCAAUAUAUAGUCAUUCUUUUUGUUGGGAAUUAAUAAUUAAUUAGAUAUGUAUGAUUUUAUUUUAGUUCAAAAUGACAAUUUUUUAAUAGUAGAUAAAAAUAGAACUCUAAAUUAAUAGAUUAGAUAGUUAAAGAAAAUUAAAUAAUGAUGUUGUAGAUUAAUUGAUUCAUGUUUUUCAUGAAGAACAAAAUUCUAAUACGUGCUACUUUGAUUCAAACGUUGAGAAAAUGAGUUUCACCGAAGAAGAUUCAUUAAUGUUAAAGCAUAUAAGGACGAUAGGGUAGAAAAAAUUAAUUGUUCAUAAAUAAGUAUAAUGGUAUAUGAAAUGUUUAGUCACACCAUUCUUUAAUAAGCCCAAAUUUAAAACAUGCCAAGGUAUGCAAAGCGGGUCCAGCCCAUUCAUUACUAUCAACCUAUAAUCGGCCCAUUGAGAUCUACUUAUUACCCUACAACCCUAAAGCAUUUCUCAUAAGUUAUUUUCCUCGGCCGCCGCUUCUCACGUCUGUUCUUGUUCAUCCUAAGACGGAUAGUUACAUUCACCACAUCCGCCAAUGUUAUGUUUGAGAACGCUGAGGGCCAUAUACUUUAUUGAUGGACAGGGCUAGCUUUUUGAAAGAAAAAUCCGACAAGCAAAUCUUGAGUUUGCUUCAUAACAAGAACAUAGCAUAUAAUUCGUAGGACCCGAUCUUUUGCCUCAAGAAGAAACACUUUUUAUAGGAGAGACUAGAGACACCCCUAUUUCCACUAAGACAACGACUUCCCAGUUCUCCUUUUACCCCCAAAUUAAAGGAGAUGUUGACAAGUAAAAGCAACGUCGUAGUAGAGGCAUGGAACACAACCACAACGCAAACGCAGGUGCAGACCCCCCACAGACCGUCACUGAUACACCCAACUUUCUAUUGGAGUUAUAACUGCGAAGUGCUUUUCCAUGGAUGGCCUGGCUCUAGCCGUUCGAUGUAUGCUCUUGCGCUUAUAUUUGUCUUCUCUUUGGCGUUCUUAGCUGAGUGGUUUACCCGGUGCUCUGACGCUGCGGCUUCCAUCAAACCGGAGGCUGAUAAGGUUGCUAAGGUGGCCUUUCGUACGGGUAUGUAUGCGGUCAAGUCUGGCUUCAGCUACCUUGUGAUCCUAGCCGUUGUUUCGUUCAAUGGUGGUGUUUUCAUCUCAGCUAUUUUGGGGCAUGCUUUUGGUUUUGUCGUUUUUCGUGGCCGGGCGUUUCGGAAUGUGGGUCGGGUUGACGGGUAAGAAUCCCGCAUUUUUUGGGUUUUAACCUAACCCAACGAGAACUGAAGUCAUUUGUUUCUUUAUUUAUUUGAUUUGUGUGUUCUUUCGAAUGAAUGAAAGAAGAGAGUUGUUUAUGAUACAACGUUGAAUUGGGUGAGUGGCCCGUUUGUUAUUUGGUUUUCAUUUGAUUUAUUUUGUGAUAACUUCAACGAAUUAUACAAAAGUCAAUAAUACUCUUUCGUGGAAUGUAUAUAUCACCACCAAAUUCAAAUAAGUCAUGUGUCUU